UUCCUGCUCUAUGAAAACAUCUACAUCAGCAUCGGCUUCCUGUGCUGCAUCAGCAUGGACCGCUACCUGGCCGUGGUCCAUCCUCUCAGGUUUACCUCUCUCCGCUCUAUGACUGCGGCAUGGAUCGCCAGCGCCACCAUCUGGCUUAAAGAGGUAGCAGUGGGUGUGGUUUUCUUUCGCCACAAAGAGGUGAGCAGAGACCAGACCAACCAAUCGGUGUGCUUCGAGCAUUACCCCAUGAUGCCGUGGGAAUACCCCGUCAACUACUACCGCUUCAGCGUCGGCUUCCUGUUCCCGCUGGCCAUCCUGUCCGUGAGCUACCUGAGCGUUCUUCGCGCUGUUGGCCGCAGCACGGGCACCCAACCGGACCAGAAGACCCGGAUCCGGCAGCUGGUCAGCAGCACCAUCCUCAUCUUCCUGGUCUGCUUCUCUCCGUAUCAUGUCCUCCUGCUGCUGCGGACGCUGUUCGAGCGUGACUGCAGCUUCAUUACAGGAAUCUUUAACUACUACCACGUGUCGCUGCUGCUCACCAGCCUGAACUGCGUCGCUGACCCGGCGCUCUACUGCUUCGUCAGCGAGAGCGCCCGCCGCGGGCUGCACCGGGCCGUCGUCAGACCUGUCACCAGGGUCGUCUGCUGCUGCUGUCGCCGAGGCAACGCCAGCCCUGUCGGCCCAGCCGGCGACUCCCACGAGGUGGCGAAGGACGGGAAUGGCGGGCAGAGUGUGACGCUGCUGACCCACAGCUACACACCGCUGAACGCCAAGACAGGCAGCGGGAAUGCGACCUCUGACCCCUYGACUGUCCCAGASAAGUCCCGGGCAGAGGACAGCGGGGACAUGGGCGGAAGGACCGGGGACAGGAAGUGCAGCUGAAACAUGGCGACCCGGGCAGUCAGACUGCCAGCCGGGGAUUUACGGUGUUACCGUGGUUUCAUCUGAACAGCUGAAGGUUAAACUUUGACCUUUGACCUGUGGUUUCUACAGGGGGACUGGCUGCCCUUUGCUGAUUGGUCAAAAACCGACCGGAGACAAUCUGAGUGAAAGGCAGAAAUGUGAGCAGACUGAGCCGGAAGCCAGAAAGUUUUUGUAGCAGACAAUUGCAGGAACCCAUCGUCCGGACCAGGGCCG